AGUCUCCAGCAGGUCAGAAGACCCAGCUGUGCUCAAGCGUGUCAGCCGCACAGCAGCAGCGUGGGCCCCUGGCAAGUCCGUGGCUCCCCCUGACUCCCCAGUCAUGUCCUGGCAGCUCUCUCCAGCGAUGAUGCUCUUCAUGUUCCUGGCCGUGAUUUUUUAUUACGGCAGUCAAGUAAGAGGGUUUCCAGAGGUCACAGACUCUUCUCAGCCCACGACAGCAGCAACUGUCCAGGCCACAGCAAAACCUUCUUUUCUUCAAACAACUAACCAAGAGCCUCACAAAACAACAGCAGCAAGAUCGACCAGUGGUCCCGUCACCUCUCAGAUAGCUGCCACGACAUCUGACUCUGAGACCUCAGCUACACACACAACAGCACAACCUCCAACAACUGCAAACAGUACCCUAGCCACCUUGGUAACUGCAAACAGCACCCUAGCCACCUUGGUAACUGCAAACAGCACCCUAGCCACCAGCCCAACAAACCACACCAUAAUCACAACCCAGGCCACACCCAGCAGCUCCCACACAGCUGCUCCAGUCACUGAGGCUACGAUCGGCCCCAGUGCAGCUUCCGCUUCACUGCCCACCACCACACCUCCCCCAGCCCAUCCGACGGGCACCAGCCCAUGGACUGUCAGCCACACAGCUGGGAAGACCGUCCCACCCAGUAACCAGACCACCUUUCCAUCAACUUUUUCCACCUCAUCACACAUCAGCACAACCAGUCAGAAUCCCAGUCAACCCACCCAUGCUCCAGAAACAGCCACCACUGCACACAAUGCCACCCAAACUGCCUCACCCGCCACCGUGGCUCCUGGACCCACCCUUGCACCUCAGCCAUCAUCAGUCAAGACUGGAAUUUAUCAGGUUCUAAAUGGAAGCAGGCUCUGCAUCAAAGCAGAGAUGGGGAUAGAGCUGACGGUUCAAGACAGAGAGUCGCGAUACUUCAACAUCGACCCCAAUGCAACCCAAGCCUCCGGGAAUUGUGGCUUCCGGAAUGCCAACCUUCUCCUGAACUUCCAGGGCGGAUUUGUGAAUCUCACAUUCACCAAGGAUGAAAACUCCUACUACAUCAGUGAGGUGGAAGCCCAUUUGACGGUCUCAAACCCAGAGAAAAGUUACCACGGCCUGAAGAGUGGUGUGACGGUGUUUGAGACCGUGAUUGGGCAUUCCUUCAAGUGCGUGAGUGAGCAGAGUGUCCAGCUGUCAGCCUCCCUUCAACUGAAGACAAUGAAUGUCCAACUCCAAGCCUUUGAUUUUGAAGAUGACCACUUUGGAAAUGUGGACGAGUGUUCGUCUGACUACACAAUUGUGCUGCCUGUGAUUGGGGCCAUCGUGCUGGGCCUCUGCGCCGUGGGUUUGAUUGUCUAUGGAAUCCGCCUCAGGCGUGAAUCAUCUGGAUACCAGAGAAUUUAAUUGGUGCCCAGGGGAAAAGAAAACAAUGGAGUUUAGAGAAUUCUUUCAUUGUUUCCAGGAUACUGGGCACUUCCCUUAGAGUGUGGGUCCUUCCAACAAUGUAAACCAUCUUUCACAAAAACCAAGUCAUUUCUGAUUCAAGUUCAAGCAGAACAUCAAUUUCUGAAUUUAUUUUAUUUUAGGAAAAAUCUAAUGAGUUCUUUAAGAGUAUUUUCUAGUUUCCUAAAAAUAUCUUAAUGAUUCAAAGUCAAUAUUUGAGAUACGUUAAAUUAACGUAACUUAUGUAAAGUGGGAUAUGCCUCCAAUUUAUAAACCAAAGCAUCUAAUGUAAUUAACACUACCUGUGUUCAACCUGGGGACUUGAUUUCAUCCUUUAUCUUUUUCAUUUUAAAAAGUGCCUAUGCUUUGUCUAUAAAAAUGGUAUUACAAUCCUUUAGUUUUUAUGUCUUAUAUGACAAACAUGCUGGCGAUCUACUAACUCCCUUCUACCUUAAAUUGUUUUUUAAUUAUCAAAAAGGACAAUAUUCUACAGGAAGAGCCUAGGUUUUUGGCCUGACAUCAACAAGAGGAACAAGUCAGCUUUUUUUUUGUAUCUGAUUAUUCCCCAGAAUUCCCCUGCCCCAGAAUCAUUGAAGACUAAGAAUUAGGUGGCUAUGGACAACAAAACUGAAUGAUAAGCCAGAAACAACAAUGAUGACCCUUGAUUAUUGAACAUAUACAUACUAGACACUAGGCAAAGCAGUUUACAUAACUUAUGUAAUUUACAUCAUUUAAUUCUCAUGACUCACAGAUGAGUAAACUCAGACGUAACAAAAUUAAUCAUUUAAAUGUCACCCAGCUAACAAGUGGCAGAGCCAGAAUUUGACUUCCCAUUGGUCUGGCACCAAAGCCUCUGGUCUUUUCACUACACCAAGUUGCCUACAAGAACAAGUGGUACUAAGUGCUGCCCAAGGCCUCACACUGGCACAUGCUGCAUUUUUACAUGGGAAGUAUAUUUAUCCAGAAUCAAAACAGAUGAGGGAGAUCUGUUAGAGGAGGACUCGACAGGUAAUAAAGUAGCCCAUCUUUAAGUCCCCUUCUUUACUCUUGUUAAAGAAGAUGGAGGGGUUCCGGAAGACAUUAGUCAGUUUUUUCAUUUUAAUGGGAUUAUUUUGCUGUGGCUCUGAAGAUGAAGAAAUGAAGUCAACUGAAGGUAUUUUAUUUCUUUACAAACAGCAAUUUUCUGCUAACCAACCUUUCUUUCUUGAAGUAGGUCUCCCUCUAGUGGCAACUUGCAUCUUCUGCACUUUUAUAGCCAUGUUUUCUGUUCAUGUUCACUUUAUUUUGUAUAGUAGCCUGCCAAAAAAUAAUGUCCAUGCUUGGUGUUACUGCUAAAGAAAGAAACUAAGUCAGGACAUUAACAGAAUAGAUCGCAUUCCUAUAGCAUUCCUUAGUAAAAGAAUGAUAAUUCAAGUCACCCCAGAGUACAAAUUGACUUUCCCGACUUGUUCUCUUAUGAGUCGAUAGGAUUGGCAAGGUCCUGACUUUAGUCUUAGUAGGAUAUUGAAUUGUAUUAAAAGUUUUUGUAAUAAAAGCCUAUUUUGGAG